AUGGGGCUAUUUUUAACCCCGAGGGGGGUGUAUUUAUUGUUCCAGCCGGGGGGGGAGGGAGUGCCUCUGGGACACCCCUCACUGUGACAUCGGCGGCCGAGCGAAGCCAUGGCACCCAAGAAAGCCAAGAAGAGGAUUGAAGGUGCUAAUUCCAAUGUCUUCUCCAUGUUCGAGCAGGCCCAGAUCCAGGAAUUCAAAGAGGCAUUCACCAUCAUGGAUCAGAACCGGGAUGGUUUCAUCGACAAGGCGGAUCUGAGAGACACCUUUGCUGCCCUUGGGCGCCUGAAUGUGAAGAACGAGGAGAUCGAUGAGAUGAUAAAGGAGGCACCCGGCCCGAUCAACUUCACCGUGUUCCUCACCAUGUUUGGGGAGAAGCUCAAGGGUGCUGACCCAGAAGAGACAAUCCUGAAUGCAUUCAAAGUGUUUGAUCCAGAGGGGAAAGGCCUGAAAUCUGCCUACAUCAAAGAAAUGCUGAUGACACAGGGGGAGAGGUUUUCCCAGGAAGAGAUUGAUCAGAUGUUUGCUGCCUUCCCUCCGGACAUGUCUGGCAACCUGGAUUACAAGAACCUGGUCCAUGUCAUCACUCAUGGUGAAGAGAAGGACUAG